CGCGUCCGCCUCCCGCACCAAUUUGACCAACAGAUAUCAUCGGCCACUCCACACCCCGGCCCGUCAAAGAUCCCGUAUCCCUAGAUACAUAGAAGAGUAUGGAUUCUUCUUGCCUUGAUCCGAAGAGGAUGAUGUAUUCUUUCCUUGACCCGAAGAACACGAUGGAUUAUGCAUUGUUUAAGAAGGUUCGCGCCGUAUUCAUGUUCGACACCGUGAGCCGUAAAUCUAUGAUUGAGUCGGUUAAGACCUUGGUAGACCUUAGGAACAACCAUGAUGAAUUGUUGUUGCCUCAGUUGGAUGUCAUUCUCCACAAAGAUCUUGUUGAACACGCAUGGGGCUGGGAUAGGCUAUUGCCGUGGAUGACUGGUUACUGUCUUUUCGAAGACUAUUUUGAAUACCUAGGCGAUUAUUACGGCAAAAAUUCGGCCGAAGCAGAGAUAAAUUGUGGUGACUUAUCAUCUUGCUUAGCCACAAAGUGUAUCGAGACAGAGGAUGCAGUCUAUGAAGCCACCGUAAUGAGCUACUUCUUUGCAGAAGCACAGCUUGUUACUAGUACUCGUCCACAUAGGGCUCUGCGCAAACGCAUAAAAUCUGAAGCAGACCGUAUCAAGACUCUAGGUUCUGCAUCCACAGUUCAAGCUACUGGCUUUAUGUGUAUCAUGGAAGAGGCAAACCUGAUGCUUGAGGUGUUCAAAAGAAACGUCGUAAAUGCUGAUAAAUAUACGAUUGAAAUGAUCCAAAGGGAAUUUGAGUUUGGCUAUGACAUCCGGAGUGCGGCCUUAGAUAUACUGACCAAGUACAAGGGGCCUUAUUGUAAUGAAGUCUCUGCUUCCCUGCUGGGCAUGCAAAAGGAGGCUACUGAGGCACGUAAGUUGUUGAAUCAGGGAGGAGACUUUGACUCUUUAUCGAUGUGUCAAGAUAUAAGGGCCAAUCUGCUGCGACUUUUGAUCAUCAUUCGAGACUACUUUCCUAUGGAUUGUGGUAUUGAGUAUCCUCAUAAGAUUGGUGAUGCUCGUGCUGCCAUGGAAGACAGGCUUAAAGAUUUGCAUCUAAUUAAGAUCGGGGAGGUACAUGAAAAUGUUGAUGUGGGUAGUAACAUCUCUGGGAUUCCUCAAACUACGGUAACUGCUAUUAUUAAUAUAUUGGGAUGGUCUUUACAUGAUAAUAAUGACGAAACUGGGGCGGAAAUGAAGAACAAAAAAAGGAAGAUGGGAGACGGAUGGAGAAAACACAGUGGAAUGCCCAGUGGCAAUCUUUCUCCGCUGAGUGAAGAUAGUGAUUAACUGCACUGAAGUGUUGUUUGUGAUGAUGCUUAUCUAAGUGAUGGUGCAAAACGAUGAUCGUGUGACCUGGAUCAACUGUUGCUAAUUGCCAAUGAUCUGGUUAAUUGUAUGAGCUAUAGCAUAUAAUAUAACAAGGUUUUGGUCCAUUGAUAGCUGGUUAAGCGUGUUACCGUAAAUUGUCCUAUACUCUGUUGUUGGGAUAAUUGUAUGAACUAUAAUAUGCUUGGUUUUAUCUGCUCAGCUCAACAUUUUUUAUUAUGUUUUCAUAUAUCAAAACCAAUGUAAUAUAUGUAUGGAUUUGGAAAGUUGGGGGGAGAGUAGCACUCAUCAUUUGAUGAUAC